UCGGUAGUCCCGGCGCGGGAGACGGCCAGCAAUGGGAGAAGUUCGAUGGGCAGAAACAAAGAGAAGAGCAAGGGAGUCGAGAAUUUCAGAAAUUGAAAAGGGAUAAGUGGAAGGAGAAAAUGUUGGGCUGGUGCCAAGCGAUAGCUCGUAAUCCUCACAGACUCCCAAACAGCACAAGAACCCCCGAGGUCUCAGGUGAUGCUUCACAUAUCUCUGCCUUGAAUGAUAAAUCUCCAGGUCGCUCAACAAGUCGGUCAAGUAACAUUUCAAAGGCAAGCAGUCCUACCACAGGGACAGCUCCCAGGAGUCAGUCACGGUUGUCCGUCUGCCCUUCUACUCAGGACAUCUGUAGAUCUCCAACCUUGCAUGACAUUUCAGAAGAUAAGUUUGAAAUAUCAACCUCGGUCACAGUUCUGACUUCUGCUCAUAAAGAGCCUGGUAAGAAACAGUUGAAACGAAGGGUUAGGCGGCGAAAGGAUGCUGAGGAAACCAGUGAACAUGCAGAAAAGCAAAGGGAAGAGAAGGACAGCUAUGUGUGCACCAAACUUACAAAUGCUAGGUGGAACCAUUUGCGUAAGACAUCAUCCGAUUCAUCAACUUCAGAUGAGAAUGCCUGGGCCCUGGUUAGAAAAAGACAGAGAGCUAAAAUGCCCAAAAGAUUCAGAAAAAGGAGUAGCUCAAACAUUCAACAAGAUGGAUCUUCUAAAACAAACACCAUUGAACGUGUCACAGUGCAGACAAAUGGGGAAGAGAAGCAAAAAGCAUCUGAGCCGGAAGGCCACAUUUUGAAUCUCCAGCAGGAUAAGAUUUCAAAGUGGAAAGAAACCUGCCCCUCCCUGUCGUCAGUGUCCUCUGUGGAGGCAAGGAAGUCCUUGAGGCAGUGUGAAAAAAGCAAGUGCAAAAACAACCACAAGGAGACUUCGGUUUACAUUAGGCAAGACAGAACAAGCAAAGAGGAAAGUGUUUCAGAGAGACUCUCAGGCAGCGAUACUUUGUCAGUUCCAAGAAAUGGAGCACCUGCUGGCACAAGACCUGCUGUGACCAACGCAGUGCAGAAACCUCCUGUGUUGUGUGAUGACUGGUCUGAUGAUUUCGAAGUGUGCAGGAUCUGUCACUGUGAGGGAGAUGACGAAAGCCCCCUCAUCACACCGUGUCGCUGCACAGGGACCCUACGUUUUGUUCAUCAGGCCUGUCUGCAUCAGUGGAUUAAGAGCUCAGACACACGCUGCUGUGAACUCUGCAAGUAUGACUUUAUAAUGGAGACCAAGCUCAAACCUCUUCGAAAGUGGGAAAAACUACAAAUGACAACAAGUGAGAGAAGGAAGAUAGUCUGCUCUGUCACAUUCCACAUUAUUGCAAUUACCUGUGUAGUUUGGUCGCUGUAUGUUUUAAUAGAUCGGACUGCUGAGGAAAUUAAGCAAGGCAACGACAACGGUGUCCUGGAGUGGCCAUUUUGGACAAAAUUGGUUGUGGUGGCCAUUGGAUUCACUGGAGGACUCGUCUUCAUGUAUGUACAAUGUAAAGUCUAUAUUCAGCUGUGGCGAAGGCUGAAGGCUUAUAAUCGAGUGAUAUUUGUUCAAAACUGUCCAGACACUGCCAAAAAAAUAGAGGAGAAAAAUCCUUCCUCUGUUCAGAACACUGAAAUCAAAGAUGCUGUCGUGGUGCCAGUAUCACAGACAGCUACAAACUCUCAGCAGUCAGGAGAAGAAACUGCCUCUGAUGUGAUGCCUGUUUGAUGGAAGUGGCAUUUCCCCUCCCUUCAUUGAAGAACAAAGCAACAUGCUUUCUCCUAUCCAGCCACAAUAAAGGGCAAAACCGCUAAGUAUUUUUUAAUGAAGAGCAAACAGAAAAAUAACCAGGAAAAUUGAUCAGAAGAAAUUACACGUUACCUCUGGAAUGCUUUUGUGAGGUAAUUUUGCACCUUUCUGGCUAGGCACAGUGAAAGUGGGCAUGAAGAAAUUCUAGAAGAGACAUAGUCUGACAGGCAAACACAGCAGCACCCUUUUCAUUGGCUGAAAAGAACUGUACAUGGACAUAUUACAGGUGUUCUGUUUACAAAGGAAGAAAAUCCUUAUGUAUUUGCUACUAUGGUCUUUUGCUAAUUAUUGUAAUCUUGAACACACACUUUAAAGCAAUUUUUUAAAAAUGAUUAUUAACUGUUAAAAAUCAUGUAAGAGACAACAUGCAUCAUAGCACAAAUUAUCUAACGUCAUAACAUAAUAAUUUAAUUCUGAAGUGACUUACCCAUAGCAUCUAUGGAAGAGGUUUAGAAGAGGUGUCAAAUAAGACCAUUCCCAAAUAAUCAUUUAAAGCAUAUAUUUAAAAAUGGAGUAUUGCAAUUUAAUGUCAAGCAUUUUUCUUGGUCCCCAGUAAGCAGAUGUUUCACCUCAAGGCUUCUUUGCAGCUUGGCUUUAGCUUAAAGAACUAAAGUGGUUAAAAAAAAGAAUAUUCUAGUCACCUCUAAAAUUAUUCUGCAAAAAGGUAAUGUGUUCUAUAAUCAGUGGCGGUUGUAGACCAGAUGAAUACGAUAGUUCACUGCAAAAGAUUGUGAAUCGAUUUCAGUACUUAUUUAAUAGUGUGUGAAAUAUGCAAAGGCUGAGAGAUUAAAGCCUGUUCUUUUGUUUUGAGAGAUCAGGAAUAGAACAGAAACUAAGAAGUCUUGGAAGAGUCAGUGUAGACAGCAUGACGGUAUCUCUCUUGUCAGUUAAGAGGACACUGGAUAUAUGUGAUGUCUUCUAUAUGGGGAUGACUGAGCCAUUAAGGGUUCAGUAGUUCGGUUGAUACUAUUGUGUUUUCAGUAUUUUUAUGUAAAACUGAAGUAUGUCGAAUUUAAAAAAAUGCACCCAGCAGGAAUAAGUUUUGCGAAAAAAAUAAGUUUUGGCAUCCCCUUUCAGAAAUAUGUACUUGAAGAAGUCUAAAUAAUCAGAUCCUAAAAGGAAAAAAAGUCAGUCUUAUAUACACUGUUAUGCUUGUUGAAUGUAUUGUGAAUUGUGCCUAAGUAAUGUGAGUAAUACAAGGACAGUGUUACUAGUAAUGGGAAGAGAUUUAUGUUGGCAGUGGAUUAGGCUAAAUUGUUUUCAAGGGCCAUGUUUCAUGAUGAAAAUUCUAAACCCACAGUAAGGACUUGAUCCUGAAAAGAUACUGAUGAUCUCUCGACAGCUAACAAAAGGUAGAAAAGUCAAUCAGCAUUUCCCUGCAUAUUUGUAUGGAUAGUAAUAUCCAUUGUUUUCUUAAGAGUCAUGCCUCAGGUAAAAAUGUAUUAAUUAUAUGCUUAAUAUUAAGGCAGAUUUAACAGGAUUUUAAAAUGGUUGAGAUCAUCCUUGACCAGAAGCUAUAUAACUGACCAGUCGGUGAAAUCUUUCAUCCUAAAAACAUAAUUUUAUUUUAAAAAAAUAAAAUGGUUAACUGAAUUGCCAUCACAAGCACAAACUGUCUGUUGGGUUCAGAACAAAAAGAAUUUAACAAAGUCAUAGGACAGACCAAGCAAAAGUAGGAUCACAGAGUUCAGAUCUCUAUUAAAUUGGAUGGUUUGUCUGUCUCACUAAGGAAUAUAGUUGCAGCAAUAACUGGCCUCCUGGGGGGAUAUUUCUGCCUAUGUAAGCACUUCGAGUAAAACACUGCUUUACUUGGACAGUGCGUGAUUGUGGCACAAUAGUAAGAAUUUAAAGUAACGAUUGGACUUAAAAAUGCAAUGCAAUUAACACACAGUGUAAGUGUAUUGAGACAACCAGUUUUCUAGGUAAUAACUUUAGCAAUCUCUACAAAAUAAAGAGUUUAGAUAGGAUUGUAUGAAGGACUCCAAAAUGUUUUUAACUUGAGGAGCCUUUUGAAACAUUCAAAGGCUGAUUUGUUAUGUGUCCCAAUGCCAAUUACAUAUUGGAUUCGUUCAAAAUAACCUUGUACUAUGGGGACUCUGUCAUGUGUUCACUAUAAACCACUAAGGACUUCAAAAAAUAUCUUACAGUCCUAAAAGAGUCAGCAGGGGCUAACAGAAUUAAAAUGACAAUUUCCAAGAGAAAGAAGUUUGUUUGUUGCUUUAGUGUUUAAAAAGGGGAAAGUAUUCAGUAUGCUAUUUCUGAAACUCAACAGAAGUAGCUAAAACAGCUAUGGAGGAAUUGCAAGCAGUUUAAAAAAAUAAAGGUACAAGUUGUUACACCAGUUGCAGUACUAUGCCUUUGGUAGCCCCAGUUAUGUAGAUCAACCAUUAGAAAUGUUAGAAGUUUCAUCAAUUAAGAUAUGAAAAGUAUGAAGAUGAUACCCCAUAGAUGAUUAUGAUGAGAAUUAGUUAAACAAAAAAGGUAGUGUUAAGACAAAAUUUUCAAGAAAUUCCUUAUAGGACUUCAGGGGCUUUCCCCUCAGGAAGGAUUAGUCUGUUAGUGUUACAAGCAGAUCUAAAGUAGCCAAAUUGGUGCUAUUGCUUACAUCUGGAAAGCAGCUGAUAUUGUGGCUCUGAGAAGUAUUCGAUACACAUCCCCAUCACCAAAUUGGCUGUCAAAUUCUGAAUCUUGCACUGCAAUGCAAUCUAUGAUGCAAAUAUUUUAUUGUGUUUGAUUGUUGGACCUACGAGUUUAUUACUUGUUUUACCUGGUUCUCUUGCAAAAGAGCGUAAAUGCUUUUGUGGGUGACGUUAUGUAUUAAAAGAUAUUGGGGUGGGAAAGAAACAUAAUAUAAAAUACUAAUUGUUGUGGAAAAAUGUAUUUGUAUUAAACAGAUGCCUCAAAGGUUGCGGUGAUUUAUUUGCUUUAAAAUGCAACAGAUGCUGACUAAAUUGCAAACUGUCAGUAGAUGGUGAGCAUUGACUUACGUUGCCUUGCAAGUUAAAUGUAGUCCUGUAGUGUCCUUUUGUU